CUUUGUAGUAAAUAGUCCUAGGUCAAGCGAGGAGGGUUGUUGUUGUUCGCUCAUUCGAGUGGGUAAGUCUUGUCCCUGUUUUUUGUAUUAAACAUGCUACUGACACCAUAACAGAGAAAAUAGAGGCACCGCAGUUUUUAUAACUGAAAUAGAUAGGUACAUUUGGGCACUAUGGAAUUAUUAUUUUAAAAAUUCCAUAAGGCCGAUUUUAGGCCAAGACAUCAAAAGCCUAAGACGCCUAAGUCAGGCUAAGUCACACGAAAUACUGAAUUUCGAAAUUCUAUCGUCUCUGUAGUGACUACGUUUUGUGAGUCUGAGAAAAUUAACAUACUCACAUAUAGCUUAUGGCUAAUGUCAAUGUCGUGCAAGAACAUACUCACAUAGCUUAUGGCAAUGUCGUGCAAGACAAACAUUGUUUAGGCAAAUACUAAUAGACUGGGUUUUGGCCUAUUACCUAUUGUUGCCUACGUCUAUGUUGCUUUUGAAUACUUCAUCGGGCUUUUUUUUCUUUCCAUUACAUGAUAUUGAUCGUCUGAUCGUGAUAGUAUACACAGUAUAGCCUAUUAUAGGGUCGAAUCGGAAAUGGAUUAAAUUUCUUUAAACAUAAUUCACCAAUGGCAAUGGAGCAAUUGAAUUGGGUCUUGGAUUAGACUUAAUAUGAUAAAUACCGGUAAUACUAUCGUACAACAGUGUCUUGGGGUUGGUCUCAUCAAUGAUUUUGAUAUGUCUUGUCUUAGUUUAAUGAGUUUAAAUUAGAAAUUUGCAGGGCCUAGUAUUAUCUAAUACAUUUUAUUACUAAUAUAACUAUAUAAAUUAAAAUGAUGUUACAGCGUUUUGAUUUUACAAUGAAUGAUAUUUCAGCUGAGGAUGAAUCCUGACAACACAUCCUAUGCAGACAGCAGCUCUCCACUCUAUACCCUUGGGAAUGGGAAGGAAUCAGACAACUGUACCAGUGGGUUUUUAUGUAUAGUUUUGAGAUACUCAUAGGGAUUUUUGAACAUUUUGUUACCAUUUCCUACAUUUAAAUAUAUUUUAAAAUCAACCCCUAAAAAAAAAAAAUGCCCCUCUUUCUAAACAAAUGUACAUAUCUUGGGAACCCUCAUUAAAAAAAAUAAUAUGCCCUAAUGUGAAAGAUAAAUAGGUUGCUAAAAAAAAUAUAUAUUUUUUUUUAUCAGCCCCUUCCUGUUAGCUAGAGUUUGCCAUCCUUGUUUAUAUACCCCCAUUUGACUUGGGACUAGCUUAGAAAUAAAAAAACCCAGUCCUCAUGCUUCACUGAUACCCUGGCCAAUAAUGGCCAAGAAAAACAGCUUUUUCUAUCAGCUGUCUCUGUGUGGAAACUGUCAGCAGCCUGAAGGAUUUUUUUUUUUUUUUUUUUUAAUAAAUUAAAGAAAAGCUUCACUGAUACCCUGGCCAAUAAUGGCCAAGAAAAACAGCUUUUUCUAUCAGCUGUCUCUGUGUGGAAACUGUCAGCAGCCUGAAGGAUUUUUUUUUUUUUUUUUUUAAUAAAUUAAAGAAAUAGUCAAUCUAUGGUUGAAAUAGUCACCAGAACAUCCAUAAUAUAUAUUCAUACACAAUUACCUUUACUUACAAAACAUGUAAAGCUUCAAUUUCUCAGUAUAUCUUUAUCAGAAACUCAUCAAAGUAAACAUUUAUUUGUCUAACAGCAGCACAAAAACAACCUUGACAAUUUAUUUAAAAAAUAACAUUACAGGAAUAACAAAGCUCAGAUUCAGAUAAAAAUAUUUUUUUUUUGUCUAAUUGGAUAUUUUGAUAAAAUUCCUUUUAAUUCAUUUUAGGGUUAAGUGAACUUCAAAUGGGAACAUAAAUUAAAGUCUGUGCUUUCAAUGAAAUGUUCAAGAUUCUUAGCUAAUUUACAAACAAUUCAAUGAAAUGUUCAAGAUUCUUAGCUAAUUUACAAACAAUUCAAUGAAAUGUUCAAGAUUCUUAGCUAAUUUACAAACAAUUAAAUGAAAUCAGAUUAUUGUGAAAAUUAUUAGUUUUUAAACUUGAUGUUUUUAAUGCAAUGCUCAAUGCUAUUAUUAUUAUCUUUCUCUUUUUUUAAAAAACAGAUACUGUUAACCCAGACUUUUACUAUCAGGACAGUAAUCAGAUGAUGCCACAACUUUUGUCAGACCAGCAGAAUCAUCAAGCAUUUUCAACUUCCCAAUCACCUGGUUUAUUUAGGCUUCCCCCUGGUGGACAGUUUCAUGGUAUGAGUUUCUUUUUUUUUCUUUUAUUAAUUUUACUUUAACCAUUCAUAGUCUGCAAUUUUAAACUUUUAGCCUGCACUGAUGUUUGGGAGAUAUUCAUAUCAGUAAUUUAAAGAUAAAUGUGAAAGGUUUUGUUUGGCUUAUACUGAUGUCUCAAAUGCCCAGCUCUAGGCAAGUUUGUGUUGAUAGAUAAUUUUAAAAAAAAGAUGUUGUGAUCUUCACCAACUAAUAUCUGAUUAGUUAAAAAACUACACUAACUAACAAAGUAAUUUUUUUAAAAUUUCCUGAAAUCUAUAUAAACUCCAAUGCUCUGAAAUAUUUAAGCCAACAAGGAAUGUGACUGUUUGAGCUUAAGUUAGUGGUUUUAUUUUAUGUUGAAUUUUGAAUUUGUGAUCAAAAUAUCAGUUCACUACCCACUAGACAAGUUUUACUAAAGAAUUUAAAAGGGAAUUUCCACUGUUUAGUUCAAUAUAUUCCUGCAUAUUAAAAUUGUAAGUCAUAGUUCUUAGUUAAACUGUUCAUAAAUUUCUUGUGGGUUACAGUUGAUCCACCCCAGAUCAAAAUCUAAUCAUAGCGGAGCAAUGUGCAAUGCAGGAAUAUCAAAGUUGAUACCACAGCCAAUCAGAUAGUUAAGGAGCAGAAAAUUUAAUUUUAAGAACUGACAAGGUGUACUAAUUGUAAAGCAGAGGUUUCAUUUAUAGAAGAAGGUUAAUUGUUGUCGCAAUAGAGAACCGCCUUUUUCAAUGUCAAAGAUUUAUUUCAGCUGAUGUGGUCUUAAUGUUAUUGUCUCAUCUAGUAAAGUAGCCAGGAGGUUAAUAAAUUUUCACUCCGUUUCUCACCAUCUUUUAGAUAAUUUCUUGUCUACUUCUCACUGGUAUAAUUAUUGGGCUGCCGAUAGAAAAUAAAAAAAUUAAUGGUUAUUUUCAAGUACGGGGUAAGUUAAACCAAUCAAUUUUAAAAUGUGUUAUUUCAAAACUGUUUUCAUAAUCUGUUCAGUGAUCUGAGUUGACAGAUAUGUUUUAUUUCACCAGGUCUGGCCAGUCCAGCUCUUGCCAGGGCACUGAGUACAAUCACUUCAGAUAAGAAUCGUCGACCUCGCAGUGAGAAGAAACCUAUUCCAGAUGAGCAGAAAGAUGACAAGUACUAUGAACGCAGGCGCAGAAAUAAUGAGGCUGCAAAAAAAUCAAGGGAUGCAAGAAAAAAGAGGGAGGAUGAUUUAGCCGUUAGGGCCACUAUCCUAGAAAGAAAAAACUCUAUUCUGAAAGUUCAGGCAGACACGAUGAGGGGAGAGACAGAGAAGCUUCGGUUACUCUGGAUGACCAGAUGUCAAAAUCUUGCCCAGCGACAAAAUCAAGCCAAUUUGCAACCCACCAUGUCAUCUCAAAUUCAGAAAAACUGUCCAAAUUAAGGGGGGAUAAUUUUUAUUCUCUACUAUUUUCAUUGUGCAAGCAUUUAUUCCCAUUGAUUUCAAUGACUUGUGACUUGUAAACAUUUAUCCAAAGAUCCCAUCCAAAUAUGGAAUUAUUAUGAAGUCAAAACAAAACAGAUCAUUUGAAACAAAAUUAUAUUAUGUAAAUUAUUUUAGAGCUCUGUGAGCGAAUACAUAUUUUUUAUUAAUGUAAACAAAUUUAAAGUUAUUGUUCAGUUUUUGAGUUGUAAGGAGUUCUUUAUUCAAGAAUUUAGUUGUAGAGCUUGUCCAUUCAAUAAAUAAAUGCUGGAUAAAAGUUGUUUUUAAAAUAUGCAUGUCCAUUUGAGGGAUGUGUGUUUUGAUAACCUUAAAUUAUGGCUUUCCAGCUAUUUUUUGUUUGUAUUAAAUUAUUAUUUUCUGUUGUUAGGUCAAUAGAAUAGAAAAUCCAAUUCCAAAAUGGGUCUUGAUUUUAACAUCAAUCU